ACCCACGUUCUUACGAGUAAAUACGGCGUUGUGAUGGGAGGGGGAGAGGUUUUGAAACACAAAUAGAAACAGUGGAGUACACGGAAGUGUUUUGUUUCUAAAGAGUCUAUGGGAAAAUGUCAGAGCUAAAUAAAGAAGUGGUUGAUCUGGUUUGGGGAAGACGAACUGGCAACGGUGUGUCCGAUACCGUCUUCUGCAGGUGGACCCAAGGAUUUGUCUUCAGUGAAACAGAGCCAACUGCCCUAGAACAGUUUCACGGUGGUCCUUGUGCAGUGAUUGCAGCAGUCCAGGCUUUUCUUUUGAAGAAUAUCUUGUUUAAUUGUGAAAACUCUAAUUGGAGAGAUUGUUCAGAAGAGAAACGGAAAGCUGUUCUUUGCAAUACUUUAAGUGAAAUUUUAGAAACCGCUUGUUUCAACAAAUCAAAAUCCUACUCUUUAGUAACCUGGUCAAAAGAGAAAGUGUCAGAGGACAAUGCCAGCAUUUCUGACAGUCAUCCGGAAUCCAGCCAUCAUACAAAGGAUGAAGAACCCUCUGCGUUGGCUGCUGAGGAGCUUGGCUUUGAGCGAUUUCAUACAAUAAUUCACAAAAGAACAUUGAAAACUGUUGGUGAGAUGAAGGAAGCAAUUUUGGAUCUUUAUGAUACAUGGAGGAACAAAUUCGGAGUGCUGCUUUUUUUGUAUUCAGUCAUAUUGACAAAGGGUAUUGGAAAUGUAAAGAAUGAAAUUGAAGAUUCAGCUGAACCCCUCAUAGACCCUGUAUAUGGUCAUGGAAGCCAGAGUUUAACCAACCUGUUGUUGACGGGCUAUGCAGUUUCCAAUGUUUGGGAUGGAGACAGGGAAUGUUCUGGGAUGAAACUGCAAGGUAUACACAAUCAAGCAACUGUAGGCUUUCUUACUUUAAUGGAGUCCCUACGAUAUUGUAAGGUUGGAUCGUUUCUAAAGUCUCCAAAGCUCCCUAUUUGGAUACUUGGCAGUGAAACUCACCUCACUGUGUUUUUUGCCAAGGAAAUGCUCCUGGUUGCUCCUGAAUCUCCAUCAGAACAAGCAAGGAGAGUUUUCCAAACCUUUGACCCAGAAGAUAAUGGAUUUAUACCUGAUACAUUGCUGGAGGAUGUAAUGAAAGCACUGGACCUUGUGUCAGAGACUGAGUAUGUAAACCUCAUGAAGAGUAAAUUAGACCCUGAAGGAUUAGGAAUAAUAUUACUAGGAACUUUUCUGCAAGAGUUCUUUCCUGACCAGAACUCUGUUAUUCCAGACUCAUUCCCUGUGUACCACUACAAUGGGCUGAAGCAGUCUAACCACAACGAAAAGGUUAUGUAUGUAGAGGGAACCGCUUUAGUUCUGGGCUUUGAGGACCCAAUGGUGCGCACUGAUGAUACUCCAAUCAAACGCUGUCUGCAAACUAAGUGGCCAUACAUUGAACUUCUGUGGACCACCGACAGAUCUCCCUCAUUAAAUUAACUCUGAUAUCUAUCUGACAAUAAAUCAAAAAGUUAGAAUGGCCUAAGCUUUCACAUCGUUAUGGUACGCUCAAGCAGCUGGUGCUGACUUCAGUAUAAUCAGGGUCUUUUCCUUCCCUGGAUUGUACAGAGGUGGGUUUCCAUUUAAAUAUUAAAUUGUUCUCAUAUAAAUGUAAUUGUCUGUUCCACAUUUAACUACUUUUCAUAAGGGUAUAUUUAAUUGGAAAACACUGAAUGAUUACCUAUUUACAUGUUAUGUAUUUAUUUCUUUUUUUCAAAUUUUGUUUAAUUUCAGCUUUUUUGUUUCCAUGUCAGUAAGUUAAGUUAAAGGGUAACAGUACUGCUGAAGAUUAUUUUGCUCCAAUCAAUUCCUUGUGAAUUCACACAAUUACCUCAUAAGCAUUGGGUUUAAUGCAUUUGUCAAAAUAACUAACAGCUGCAAACAGAACUUGCAUUAAACAUAAUUCACCCCCACACCCUCCAACUAGCUGUUGAUAGCUGUUUUGGUGUGUGGGGUUUUUUUUUGUGUUUUGUUUUGUUUUUUUUUUUCUGUUUUGGAUUGGGCAGCAGUUAACAUUUUAAUUGUUAACAAUGUAUACUGUGUGUCCUAUUAAGCAUUAUCUAAAACUAUUUGAACAUUUGAUAAUUAUACAUAGUUAACUUAAAGAAUAAUAAAAAAAAAAUAAGUGGCUAUUAAAUUAUAUAACUAUUAUAUGAACAUAACACUGUCACCAACUGACGUGUAUAUUUAUUGCUGUGUUUUAAUGCAUGAGAAAAGAUUGUUGUUAUCAGUACAUCUCUAGUGUUCUGUUAUUUAUUAUGAUCCAGUGGCUUACCCAAAAUAAAC